CCCAGCACUUCGCAUGUAACACGGCUACAAUUCCGCAGCAAGUCUGCAAAAUGUGAAUUGCGAGUUGACGAGUCUUUGCGACGAUUCGAAAGAGUCUAAUAAUCGUUUUGAAAAUGGAGGUGGCGGUGGUGGGUGCUGGAAUUAUAGGAGUGACGACGGCUCUCGCGGUUAAGGAAGCUUUUCCGCAAAUUGACGUAACAAUUUUUGCGGACGUUUUUACCCCAGGUACAACGGGCGACGGCAGUGCAGGACUUUGGGGUCCUUACAUCCUUAAGGACACGUCGGAAGAGGACAUUUUACGUUGGUCAGGGAGGACCCAUGAGUGGCUGCAGACAUUUUGGACAUCGAAGUUCGCGUCGGAAGCUGGAGUCUGUCUAAUCCCUGUGACAAGACUCACCAGCAGUGUCAAGAAAUAUCCAGAGCCAAAAUGGGCCUCGAACGUUUACGGCAUUCAAGAACUGACUUCUGAACAACUGCGGGAAUUAAAUGAGGAGCAUAAAGCACGUUACACCGGCGGUUGGCAGUUCCUAACAUUCACUUGCGAGCCGGCAAAGAUGCUGCCCUGGCUAUUAAAAAAGUUCAAAUCAUUGGGAGGUAAGGUGGUGAAAAGGAAAGUAGAACACUUGGAUGAACUAUUCCUUGAAGGAUAUCGGAUAGUAAUAAAUUGCAGCGGCCUUGGGGCUCAAAAACUCGCAAAUGAUUCCAGCGUCGUUCCUGUCAGAGGACAGAUCAUUAAAGUCGAUGCUCCAUGGAUGUUUCACACUUACAUCGUCGACGACGACGAUGGAAAUUACAUAAUUCCAAACAUCGACUUCGUAAUUCUGGGUGGCACUCAUCAGGAAGGAGAUUACGACACGAAAGUUCGUGAAACCGAUUCGCGGUUUAUCUACGAAGGGUGCUGCCGAAUGGAACGCUCAUUACGGAAAAGCAAAGUUCUGACGCAAUGGGUAGGUCUCAGGCCUGGAAGACAGCAAGUACGUUUAGAAGUUGAAAACCCACGGAUUGUGAAUGGCCUAAAAUGUGUGAUUGUACACAAUUACGGGCACGGGGGAAGUGGAGUGACUUUGAGUUGGGGAUGCGCCUUGGACGUCGUCGAGAUCGUAAGGAAAAUACAGAAUAAUGUAUUCAACUCGAAGUUGUAAUCAAUCGGUCGGUAAUAAAUCCUUAUGUCAAUUGCAUUUCCAA